AUGAAUGGUGGCGGAAACGGCGGAAACUGCAUCGACAGUUUGUCCGUCGCGAGUCGAUUGUCGACGUCGAGCGAAGAAGGUAGCAAACCAAAGGAAAACGUCGUCGAAAAGCGCGAUCCGAACGACUACAUAUUCGGAAAAGCCAUAGGAGAGGGUAGCUUUUCGACGGUUUAUCUCGCCAAAGAUAUUCACACGAACAUGAUGUGUGCAAUUAAAGUCUGCGGUAAAAGUCACAUAAUCAGAGAGAAAAAAGUCGAACACACGAAAAGGGAAAAGGAAAUCCUAUCAUUGUUGAGUUCUAAAUCGAGGAAAACGGCUCCAUUUUUCGUGCGAUUGUAUUGCACGUUCCAAGACAAAUCAAGACUGUACUUUGUGUUGUCGUACGCGAAAAACGGUGAAUUGUUUUCACACAUAAACAAAGUCGGUAGCUUCGACAUACCCUGCACGAAAUUUUACGCGGCCGAAAUCCUUCACGCUCUCGAACACAUGCACAGUUUGGGAAUAAUACACCGGGAUUUGAAACCUGAAAACAUAUUGUUGGACGAUAAAAUGCACAUACAAAUCACGGAUUUCGGAUCUGCUAAAAUACUUAAGAAAGAAGAAAGUUCGGACGAGGAUUCGCCGACGAAGCAAAGGCGAAACAGUUUCGUGGGUACCGCUCAUUACAUAUCUCCAGAACUAUUGACGGACAGUUCCGAGUGUUCGCGGAGUUCGGAUUUGUGGGCUUUCGGAGCCAUUAUAUAUCAAAUGAUCGCGGGUUUGCCCCCCUUUCGCUCGAAUAGUGAAUAUUUAAUAUUUAAAAAAAUUAAAAAUCUCAACUACGAAUUUCCAGACGGUUUUUGUCCGUGCGCGAAAGACUUGGUACAAAAAUUGUUGGUCGUGGAUCCGUCGAAAAGACUCGGAGCUCACGAUGGCGACACGUAUUCAUCAAUAAGAUCUCAUCAGUUUUUUAACGGAAUGGAAUUCGAGAGUUUAUACUGUCAGACUCCUCCGCAAAUCUAUCCUUAUCUUCCUGGAACGUCUGACCACGGAGAAUUACGUAGUCAAUAUAGAGUACCUGACCAUUUCGAGCCCGGAUUGGACGAUCGUCAAAUAACGAGACUGUUAGGAUUGGAUCUUCAAGGCACGUCACCGCCGAAAACAUCAUCCCCGGAACCACCGGUGGAAAAAGCUAGGAAAAAAUCCGGUCUAGGUCUCGAACAUUUAACACCGGAAGAAAUCAAAUCAAGACUGGCAGAGCAAAAAGUCACGUCGGAAAGGUGGCAUUCACUGUGCGACGGUAACCUCAUACUCAAACAAGGUUUGGUAGACAAGAGAAAGGGUUUGUUCGCUCGUCGACGAAUGCUCAUGCUCACUUUGGGUCCUCACCUGUACUACGCGGAUCCCGUGAGCAUGGUUCUCAAAGGAGAAAUACCCUGGAGUCCGGAAUUGAGAGUCGAACCUAAAAACUUUAAGAUAUUUUUCGUUCACACUCCGACGCGAACGUAUUACUUGGAAGAUCCCGAGGGAUACGCGUUGGAAUGGUGCAAAGCCAUUGAAGAAAUGAGAGUUCACACUUACGGCUGUGACAAAAAUCCGAUCAGAGUCGGAGAGUGCAGGACAUAA